AUUCUUCCCAGCAAGCACUAAAGCCUUAUCUUUCACCGAGCGCGAACCAGAAGCAGAUUCAGAGAACGAAAGAGUAGAUUCACUGCGAUUGCGAGACUGAGCUAGAAGCCUAGGAAGAGACAUGGAUAUCGAGAAGGUGCUGGUGAAGGAUGCGAUCAACCAUGCCGCGGUGGUAGUCGAGGCGCAAAAGCGGUAUCGGAUUCAGGUCUCCACGAAUAAGAAACCCGUUUACUAUUACGUCAAUCUCGCUAAGAGGCUUUUGCAGCGUUUCGACGAGAUUGAACUUUCUGCCCUCGGUAUGGCCAUCGGCACUGUCGUCACCAUCUCAGAGAUCCUCAAGAACAAGGGUCUGGCUAUUGAGAAGAAGAUCAUGACCUCUACCGUCGGCACCAAUGACGACGCCAAGGGUCGUCUUUUUCCCAAAGCCAAGAUUGAGAUCUUGCUGGGCAAGUCGCCGAAAUUCGAUGAUCUUAUGACCGCCGAGAAGAAGGAGCGCAGCCCGAACGCCGGUGCGGCGAAAGCCAAGGUCGCCGUGAACUUCGGUGAGGAAGUGAAGGAAGAAGUCAAAACCGAUAAGCAGAAUGCGGCUAAGAUCAGUGAAUGAACUGUGGUUCGGCAUAGAGAUAUUACAAUGGUAGAGGAACUUCUCUUCCUCAGUUCUUCUGCAUGUUAUUAGCAUCAGUAUUGUUUUUCCUUUGUUUUUCAUUUUUAGUUUGAAAGGGAUUUUUGUUUUGCCGUAGCUUCAGAGUUUGUAAUGCAUGCAGGAGGUUCUAGUUUUCCUCUUAUGUUAAUACAAUCUUCCUUGGUUCUGGUUGUAAUUUUCUUAGUUUAUAUAAUUUGUUUUAAAGUUCAUCUUAAUUAA